AUGUCAGAAUCAUUCGUGAGAAUUGUUCUUAUGCUAUCACUGCUUGCGGUGCUAGUAGCUAUAUGUGAUGCAGGUCUUCUACCCCACAACGUACAUGAGGUAGCAGGUCUUCUACCCCACAAGGUACGUGAGGUAGUGAUUAAUAAUUUGCCUGAUAACGAACUUCUAAUCCUUCACUGCAUGGAAAGGAAAGGUGGAGAUCUUGGAGUCAAAGUGCUUCGUCCUCUUGAAACCUUCGAAUUCACUUUCAGACCACACAUUCUCCGCACCACUGAAUAUUAUUGUAGCUUCCAAUGGAAAGGAAGUCCCUACUAUUUGCAUCCAAGUGAGAAUCCUGCACUUGUGUUAGUUUCAACAUUACUAAAUGGUAAGAACUAUCAUGGCUGGGCUACGGCCAUGAAGAUGUCUUUGAUUUCGAAAAACAAAUUUUCUUUUGUCGAUGGAACGAUUUCUGUUCCUGAAAUCUCAGAUCCAAGGUUUGCUGCUUGGGAGAGAUGUAAUACCAUGGUUGAUGUUUUUAGAAUUUCUGAUUUACAAGAUGAAAUCUACAAGUUACAACAAGGUGAUAAUUCAGUUAGUGAUUAUUACACAAAGUUGAAGAUCUUAUGGGAUGAACUAGAAGCCCUACAACCUACACCUGCAUGUAGGUGCAUUCGACCUUGUUGUACGAUCUCUUCACAGAUAAGAGAAAUCCGAGAUAGAGAUUAUUCUAUAAGAUUCUUAAAAGGACUUAAUGAGAAAUUCACUCAUGUAAGAGUUUUCUAUAAUUCUGCUGAUCAAGCCUUUGAGAGAGGGCGUGGAACUAUUCGUGGAAGAGGUCGUGGAUAUUCAUCUGGAAGAGGGAGAAUAGGAGGAUCCAGAUUAUGUACUUACUGUGGAAAAACAAACCACACAGUUGAUACUUGUUUUGAAAAACAUGGAUAUCCUCCUGGAUUUCGACAGAGGAAUCUUACUCACAAGGCAAAUGUAGCCACUGUAGCAGAUCAUGAUCAGGAAUCAGAAAUGCAAUCCUUAGUCAAUCCUACUGUUGCAGGGAAUGACAAAUUCACUAAGUGCCAGUAUCAAACUAUACUGGAUAUGAUUCAACAGCAAAUGCAACAACCGAAUUCAACUACACACAUGAGCAAUAUGGUGAGGACUAAGGUCUACAACAUGAACACUGAACCUACUGCACCUGCAGGUAACUCUAUAAUCCCAUGGAUUUUAGACACUGGGACAACUGAUCACAUUACUUGCUGCUAUGAAAGUUUAUGUCAUGUGAAGAAAAUUGAUCAUGUUCCAAUUUCUUUGCCUAAUGGAAGCAUUAUAUACUCACAUUGUUCUCGUACAGCCUUGCUAUCAGAUGCUUUAAGCCUGGAAAAUGUCCUUUUUGUAGAAAGAUUUACAGUAAAUCUUAUCUCAGUUAACAAACUCAUAUAUGAAGUUAACUGUCGUGUUUUGUUUCAGCAUCGAAUUUGCAUCAUUCAGCAGACACCAUCAAUGAAGAUGAUUGGUUCUGCUAAGUUAGAAAGAGGGUUGUAUGUUCUCAAACAAAAUUGUAAGUGUGAAGAUAGUUCCAGCAACAAUAAGGAUAACUUGAAGACAAAGAGAGAAGCUGAAUUCUCUAAAACUAGUUAUCUAGUAGAAAAUUGUUCAGCAUUUGAUAUAAUGCAUAUUGAUAUAUGGGGGCCAUGUUCAAUGCCUUCAAUUCAUGGUUAUCGAUAUCUGUUGACUAUAGUAGAUGAUAAUACUCGAUUUACUUGGGGAAUUCUCAUGAAAGCUAAAUCUGAAGUGAGGCAUCAUAUUCAAUCCUUUGUUUCACUUAUUGAAAAUCAGUUUCGCAUAACCAUUAAGGCUUUUCGUAGUGAUAAUGGGCCAGAAUUCUUCAUGACUGAUUAUUUUGACAGAAAAGGAAUAUUGCAUCAAACCUCAUGUGUAGAGUCACCUGAGCAGAAUAGGGUGGUUGAAAGAAAGCAUCAACAUAUACAAGCAUAG